GUCAGGUGCCGGUUUGAGUAAGUAUAAAAUGGUCUCAUCAGUUGGUUUUAUUACCAGUUGAUUCAAACCAACAUACUACAAACAUGAAGGUCUUUAUUGUUCUUGCUCUGACCGCUGUAGCAGCAGCUGACAAUGCUCCCAGAUACGGAUAUGCACCUACACCAGCUUAUGCUCCUGCACCAGCUUAUGCUCCUGCACCAGCUUAUGCACCUGCACCAGCUUAUGCUCCUGCACCAGCUUAUGGUCAUGCUGCUCCUGCCUAUGCUGAUGAGGCACCAGUCUAUUCCUUCAACUAUGGUGUAGCUGAUGAUUACUCUGGAGCUACCUUCAACCAUGGUGAGAACAGGGAUGGGUAUGCCACCUCUGGAUCCUACUCUGUUGCUCUUCCUGAUGGCAGAAUCCAGACUGUCAACUACAAGGUUGCUGAUGCUUAUAGUGGAUAUGUUGCUGAUGUUACCUACUCUGGAGAGGCCAAGUAUGCUCCUGCUCCUUACAAGGCUGCUCCUGUCUACAAGGCUGCUCCCGUCUACGCCCCUGCUCCUGCAUACGCUCCUGCCCCUGCCUACAACCCUGCCCCUGUUUACCAUGGAUAAGCUGUCAUUAAUGUAUUCCUGUGUAUUUAUAUAUUUAUGGAAUAAAUAUCAAAACUUUACAAAAGUUUUGUACAAUUUUU